UAUUCCGCUGAACUUGACGUAGCUAAUUUACAAUCCAAGUUUGAAGCCUGCCAAGAGUUCCGAGAAUACCACAUGACCGUGCACCACUUAAUAAUAAAGGGUAUGUGCCCAUUUUUUUAAUUAAAGCAAUAGAAGUAAUUACAUGACCGUGUGCCAUAACACAGGCAAAUAAUUAUGUACCUAUUUAAUAGUUUUUGCUUGAUAAACAGGAAAAGUGUCUCUUUGGCUGCAUUUGCAAUCAUGGUGUGUUUUGGUUUGGGCAGGGAAUUAUAGAUGGGUUAAUCUCAUGCAAUGGUCUGGUCAGAACAACUUCACAACUGCUGCUGCUGUUCCAUUUGUUGUUGAUGGUGCACUGGGAGGAAUCAUGAAAAGCUAUGGGUCCCUCACUUUCCUCAAGGCAUUUAAUGCUGGUCACAUGGUUCCAAUGGAUCAACCCAAAGCUGCACUAGAAAUGCUGAAGAGGUGGACACAGGGCACACUUACUGUGGCAGGGGAUCAAUCUAAUAUUCCCAUCUCAGACUUUGGUUCUCUUCAUUUUUGAAAACAAGAUUCAUUAAACCCCACAAAAUUCACGAACUUCUCUGUUUUAGUUCAAAUACCAACCACAACGAGCAAACAAAAGAAGCUUUAUUUCCUAUUGAUCCUCCUACAAUACUGAAAAUGGUCAUACUCAAAACAAACCCAAAUAGCAUUGUCAUUAGAUUCUUCA